AUGGCAUCAGUAACAGGAAGCUGUAACUGCGGCUCCAUCACAGUCUCAUUGACUGCACCUCCUUCAAAGACGGUUGCUUGUCACUGCCUCAACUGUCGCCGUGCCGGUGGGCCAUAUUCCAUCAACUAUGUCGUCGACGAGAGCGAGGUAAAGGUGGACGAUGCGCGGGGCACACUGAACGAGUAUGAAGACUACAAGACUGCCUCGGGCAACUUGGGAAGAAGGAAUUUCUGCAAGGCUUGUGGAAGUCCGAUUUACACGAUCGAUAUCACCAUGCCCGGAAAAUUGCUCAUCAAAGCGUCACUCUUUGAUGAUAUUGUCGAAGAUAGAAUGGAUGUGUUUUUGGAUCGCAAGAUCCGGUGGUCUAGUUGA